UCAAACUCUGGUUUCAGAAACUUCUUUGCGUUUAGACGGCAAAAAACAGAAGAUGGAUUUGAUUUACGUCUUUGCCUUUUAUCUGGCGCUGCUUCGUGUCAGGGAGAUCGGCGCGCUGAAGGUUAUCAAACCCAAUGUUGUCGCUUUGGAAAUCAACGGAAACCCGAUGGAGCAGAAGACCACGGUGGAGUUGAGUUGUGGAGACGAGUUCGAAGACGCCGAGAUUCACUGGAGGAAAAAUCAACACAACAUUGCAGCCCGUGGGAACAGUAUAAAAGUGAGCAUCGAGGCCAUGCUGGGAGGAAACUUCACCUGCCACAAUGCAUCAGGAGAACUUCUGAACCACACGCUGGUGCUGGUCAGUCCGCUGGACUUCGAGAAGGCCAUUCUGCUCCAAAAUGACAACAAAGAAUUCGUCACCUGCUUAGCGAGAAACUACAGCGGUCCGUUCCACUGCUCAUGGAAAUGGGAUCCUGUAAGGAACGGCGUCGUGGUGUUUUACAGGGCGCUCCGGAACUCGAGCGUUCUUAACUGCUCCCUGGACAAAGAUAAUGGCGGAUUGACCUGUGAGAAUCUGCAGUGUCCCUUCUCUGAGGAGGUGACUCGCAUUAACCUCACCUUACUGGUCAGAAACCAGUACCGCUUAGAGGAGCACCAGAGGGCUUUCUUCAUCCAUGACAUAAUCAAACCAGAAAAAGUCGACUUCAUCAAGGCUGAAAACAACGAGUUUGCGUGGGAAGUCCCUAAAAUGUGGAACCGUCCGUGUACCUUCUUCCCGCUGCGAUAUGAAGUGAAAGUCGUGUCUCAUCGCAAGGACUGCGAUGACUCGUCACAUGACCGUCCGGAUAGCUUUUACCUGAAUGAGACCCAUUAUAAAGUGUCCAAUAAGAGGAGUUAUACCUUCUGUGUGAGAGCUCAGGACACCUUCACCAAUAAAGUCUGGAGCGACUGGAGCCAGCACAAGGUCGGAAAAACAAAAUCGAAAAAAUAAAAGGGCAAGAAGAAAACGUCCCAGGAUUUUCCAGCCUGUGAUUAUUUGCUGUGCCUCAGUCUGCAUGCUGCUGUAGAAAAGUCAUACAGUGCUGUGAUGCUUUUAAUAUUUAUUGUUAAAGAUUUUAUUUAUUAAAGAAUAACACAUCAGCAACCUCUCUUU